AUGAAUGACAAAUUGAACUUUACAUAUUUAGCUCUUGGUGGGUAUGUAGAGGUGAUGAAAUACAGCUAUCUUUACUUUUUUGUCACUUUGGCACUUUAUUUAUUCAUAAUAUUCAGCAAUGUAUCUAUUGUGUAUGUAAUCUGGACUCACCAAAACCUGCAUGAGCCGAUGUACAUUUUCAUUGCAGCCCUCUCACUGAAUUCCCUUUUUUUUAGCACUGCCAUCUACCCAAAGCUUUUGAUCAAUUCUUUAUCUGACAAGCAGAUUGUAUCUCUUCAAGCGUGUAUUUUUCAGUAUUUGUUUUAUACUGCAGGAUCAGCAGAUUUUUUGCUGCUGGCAGCCAUGGCUUUUGACAGAUAUGUGUCUAUAUGCAAACCUCUGUUAUAUCCAACUAUCUUGAGGAAAAAAACAAUCACGGCUUUAUUGUUUUUAUCUUGGUUUCUGCCUGUUUGUUCAAGUGUAUGUCCAGCGAUACUGAUUGCCAAAGAAAAACUCUGCAACUUCACUUUGAGAGGAAUAUUUUGCAACAAUUCUCUCUUGAAGCUUCACUGUGUGAGGUCAACAAUCAUGCUCAUCUAUGGUUUGAUUGGAUUGAUGAAUUUUGGUGUUCUUCCUGUGCUCUUCAUACUUUUCACGUACAUGAAGAUACUUGUGAUUUCCUACAGAAGCAGCAGAGUUGUUAGAAAAAAAGCAGCAGAGACUUGUAUACCUCACUUGUUGGUUCUAAUUAGUUUCUCUCUUCUAGCCGCGUAUGACAUUAUUUCAGCUCGAGUAGAUUUUAAUUUACCGAAAACUGUCCGUUUAAUCAUGAGUCUACAAGUGGUUUUAUGCAACCCUCUCUUCAACCCUCUUAUAUAUGGUAUUAAAUGA